AGCAGUUCAGCCUCUUGAUAUAUAGGAGAGCACAGAGCGCUGCCUCCCUGAUUUGACUGUGAGCUCUUGGACUAAUGAGACAUGGCUGGGAAUGAGACCAACGGUAAUUCAACGGAAGAGUAUGCAGAUUACUACGGUUACAAUGGGGACUCCUCGCCCUGCAACAAUGGCAAUGUAAGGGAUUUUGGCCGAGUCUUCCUCCCCACCCUCUACAGCAUAGUCUUCAUCGUGGGCUUCAUUGGCAACGGCCUGGUUGUAUGCGUCCUGGUCAAAUACCGCCAAAGAUCUAACAUGACGGACGUGUGUCUCUUCAACCUGGCAAUGUCCGACCUGCUGUUCCUCAUAUCUCUGCCUUUCUGGGCCCACUAUGCCGCCCUCACCCAGUGGACCUUCGGGAAUUUCAUGUGCCGCGCUGUGACGUCGUUCUACAUGCUGGGCUUCUACGGCAGCAUCUUCUUCAUGAUCCUUAUGACCGUAGAUCGUUACUUUGUCAUUGUCCACGCCCACACCUCCCUUUUUUCCAAGCACCGGUCAGUGAGAGUGGGCAUAGCCCUGGCCGCAUUUAUGUGGGCACUCAGCCUGGGGGCUUCCCUGCCAACCAUUAUAUUCUCCCAAGUAAAGAACGAAUCGACCGGACUUACAUGCAAGCCAGAAUACCCUGACCCAGCAUGGAGGAAGGUCAGCUACGUAGAACUAAACAUCCUUGGGUUGAUCCUCCCGAUGUUCAUCAUGGUGUUUUGUUAUUCUCGGAUCAUCCCCACCUUGGUCACCAUGAAGUCUCAGAAGAGGCACAAAGCCAUCAGGCUCAUCCUGGUCUUGAUCAUAGUUUUCUUUGUCUUCUGGACACCCUACAACGUGGUCACGUUCAUGCACCUCCUUCAUCACUCUGGGCACCUUGAAAGCUGCGAAUGGCAGCAUGAUCUGGGCUUGGCCAUGCAGUGGGUGGAAACCAUUGCCUUCAGUCACUGCUGCCUCAACCCCAUCAUCUACGCAUUCGUGGGCCAGAAAUUCAGGACAUUAGUCAUUAAGACCUUGAAACCAUGGUUUCCGAUUUGCUUCAACGAGUGCAGAAUGAUUACCAGUGAGUUGUCAGAUAGGAGGAGCUCCAUGUACUCCGUGCGCUCCUCAGACAUUUCCACCACAAAGAUUGUGUAGCCGCAGCAAGCCCAUGCUAAUGUGGUUUAAUCAGAGGAAAUCAGAAGCUCAGCUAAGCCUAGCAUGCUAUCGCUACCCCCUGUUUUAGUUUGUGAAAGUGUGCAAUUGCAUAUUCAUGUUGGGUUUCUUUUCCAGUUGGUGAUGGGACUUUUCACUUUCAAUUGUUGAUAUCAUUCAGCCCCUUAAACUCUAAGCUUGCUAUUCAUCUAUUAACCAUAAGGCUUUUUAUACAGUAAAUGCUAGGAAUUCAGUAACUACUAUAAAACUAACAAGUUCUGUAAAUAGAAAUGGAAGCCUGGACAUUUCACAAGUCCUUAGAGUUUAAGGGUUUAAUCCAUUUUUAAUGUUUAUGAAUCAUUUUAUGCUUUGUCUUCUUUCACAUUUCAAUACUGCAUGGACUUCAUACAGCAGAAAAGGGUGUUCUGAGCACAUUUGAGUACUGCUGAUUUUUUCAGUUCUAAAUGUAAAAAAAAAUAAUUAAAAAAAAAAAUUACAAAAAAAGCUUUGGGAAAAAAAUAUAAAUAUUUUGUGUUUUUGCUACCAAAUUGUUGUAUGAAGUUUAUAUUCCCCUUUGCAAUAAACAUUUGUCUUGUGCUAUUGUUUACAAUUUGUGCUGUUGU